AUGACAGGUGAUAUCCGUCUAACGGGUCAUCUCGGUGAUGUAAUGAAAGAGUCCAUCUCAAUUGCGCAUACAUUUGCUUGCGCUUAUUCUGCACGUGGGGCGCCGAAGUCUGACUUCAUGAAUUAUCCAAUCUCUGAAUGUACCGAGCUCUCGCCUGAGGCUUGCUACCUAACAGAGGAUGAGGCAAAAAGUGCUUACAAAUUCCUAAGCGAUUCACAACUUCAUCUACAUGUUCCUCAGGGAGCUACGCCAAAGGUAUGCCAACUCUAA